UUCUUAUUACAAAGCUUGAGGAACAGACAUCUUAAAGGGGUCGAGUCAAGUUAGUAUGUGUUAGUGUUUCAUAAAGACCGCACCUUUAAAAUGUUUAAAAAGAUAUUUUUAAGUUUAUUAGUGCUACAUACGUGUAAUUUAGUAUAUAGUGAACGUAAUUGCAACGAUUGUCAACUUUACCACACAUGCAAGGCAGCAUUUGAUCAUGCUCAGUUCAAGCAAGACGACGAAACAAGACAGCUAUUUGAGAAAGCAUUGUGUGGAACAGAAACGGAAGAUGGUGAAACCGUAUUUAAGGUAUGCUGUUCAGACUUUCCCAGCUUAAAUACAAGACCAAAUCCACCUUCUCCGGUCUUACAAGAAUUAGAAAGUAGAUUUGCAGAAUCGAAUAAAGAAAACUUGUUGCCGGAUAAAUGCGGCAGCAUUUUGGGAAAUCGAAUUUUUGGAGGCAGAACAGCUAAACUAUACGAAUUUCCAUGGAUGGUACUGAUAUCUUAUAAAACACGCGAAGGCCCCCAAUUUCAAUGUGGUGGAACUAUAAUUAACUCCAAAUAUAUUAUGACAGCGGCUCAUUGUGUCGUUGAUAAGAAAAUCGAAGGUGUCAGAAUAGGAGAGUACGACAUUAACACGGACAGAGACUGCGAAUAUGAACCGGAUAAAGUUAUCUGUGAAGAUCAUAUUCAGGAUAUGUAUGUCAAAGAAAAAAUACCUCAUGAAAAUUACCAAAGAUCACCAACCUCGAAUGACAUCGCGUUGUUGCGAGUAGAUGGCGAGAUCCUCUUAAACUACACAAACGUGGAACCGAUCUGUCUACCACUAUCAUCUUCACUACGUAGCAAAAGUCUAGAUAACAAAAACGGCACAGUAGCGGGAUGGGGUUACACUGAAACUGGUAGAGAAUCUGCAAUACUGUUGAGAGUCGAAGUUCCUGUGAAAACUGACGCUGAAUGUAAAGGCUACUACAACAGAAAUAACCGGGAUGCCGUUAAGAAACAGUUCUGUGCAGGAGAACUCAAAAAGGAUUCUUGUAAUGGUGAUUCCGGAGGACCUCUAAUGAUGAAAGCUAACUACAACGGUGUUAAUAGUUACGUCCAGUAUGGGAUCGUGUCGCACGGUCCAAUGCAAUGUGGAUCGUCGUUCCCAGGUGUUUACACAGAUAUCAGAGAAUACGUCGAUUGGAUAUUAGAUAAUAUUGAAGAAUAAUUUAAUUAGCGUAAUUGAAUAAAUAUUUAUAUCAAUUGGAAUAAAUAGCAAAGUAAUAGUGGUUGUUCUGGUGUAAAACGGUAAAUAUUUUAUAGCUCUUAGCGGUCAUGUAAAAAAAUAUUGUUUUUUUUUACGAUGUAUUUUUUAAAUUUAUACUCAUAUAAACAUUUGAAAGGUGAUCUGUAUUUAUGUUUGUUAUGUGAAAAAAAUUCAUUGCACUAUCAAAGUAUAAUUUCAAUACAGUGUUACGAUGAAAUCCAUAUUUUAACACUUUACGUAAAUCAGACUCCUAAAUGAAUUUAAGCUUUUUGGUGAAAAUUUUGUAUUUAAUAAUAUUUUCCUUAAUAGCAAAAGCGCUUUUGAAAAAGUUAGCGUUUAGUUUUUUACCGGACUUCAUCGACCAAAAUUUACUUCAUUGAUUUUGUGUCUAAUAAGCUUUAUGAACCAUAACUCGAUAAUAUAAUAGUUUCGGUUUAUACUGGGCGUUACAAUGAAUGACACUGGCAUUUAAAAAGGGAUCUCAGUUAACACGUUCGCUGUAUUACGAGAUCUAUCAGAUCUCUUGCUGGAUUUUUUUAUUGUGCGUUGAACAUAAUCGUGUUUUUUCACUCCUUGCGGGAGGUUCUAACUAGUAAAAUUCUUUAAGUAUGAGCAAGACAAAUAUACAUGUUUGCUUCCUACUUAAAGCUGAAUUCAACGACGUUAAAAAAGAAAUUAGAGAUGGAUUAGGUCCCUAACGCACGGUACUGUAAUUGUUUUAAUUCCUUGCGUUAGAAGAUAUGUCGGUACUCGUGAAAUAGUACGCCUCGUAAACGCAAGAGAGGGAGGAUGGGCGGUGCGGGCGCUGCGUGGCUCUUCUUAGUGUUGUCCUUGAAUCGACAUGGGAGGUCGCUGGCACGUUUUGGAAAUAACACUCUGCUUUUAAAAGAAAAAAGUGUAAAAAAUCUAUUGAUUUAGGUGAGGUUUCUAACAAAAAUCAACGCCGGAUUAUACGUCCAGUAAAAUAUUUUUUUUGGAAAAUGUUCAAGUUUGCCCUCCAUUGGCUACAAAGAAAACUAUGAACCUUUUUCGUUGGAGUACACACAGUUAAAGAGCACUGACGCUUCUAAAAAAACUAAAUGAAUUGUUACCAUUUGCGCGUAAUGUGCAUGCAAUCAAUGUGCUUACCAUAUUUUAAUGAAAAACACUUUGCAUAAUUAAUAAAACUUUUAGAAUCGUUAA